AAAUGAAUAGAAGAACCGGUUCAGAUCAGUUAUUUGGAACCAGUUCAGACCGGUUAAUUGGAACCAGUUCAAGAAACCCAGUUCAGACUGGUUAUUUAGAACCGGUUCAAAGAACCCAGUUCAGUUCAGUUCUACUAUUAGAACCGGAGUUAUAG